AUGUCCGCGCCGGUGACGUCAUACCUGAGAAAGCAGCUGAAAAGGACAACAAGCAGCAGCAGCAGCAGCACAUUAUUAGUCAACAUGACACCGACAACAGAAAGUCUAUCGGAGCUCCAAAAGCAAGUAUUUACUCACAUAAGUAACCAUGAAUCUUCAGAACUCCGCACUUUGCUGGCUUCCAACAAAAUAAAGAUCGACUUUGUUGACGAGAAUGGGAUGAGUCCUCUCCAACAUGCCUGUUAUAAAGGAAACAAAGAGAUUGUGCAGAUGCUGCUCGACCAGGGAGCAGAUGUCAAUGCCUGUCAACACGAGCACGCCUACACGGCCCUGCAUUUCGCAGCAUUGAGCGGCAAUGCUGAACUGUGCCAUCUCCUGAUGUCUCACGGUGCUAAAUUGACAGCCACCAACAGCGUAGGCAGGACACCUGCACAAAUGGCUGCUUUUGUUGGGAAUCACAACUGCGUGGCUACUAUCAACAAUUACAUACCCAAGGCUGAUAUUGAUUACUAUAUUAAACCCCAAGGAUUGCAGACUGAGCCGAUGAUCCCGCCUCAUCUUGCUGAUUCGCUCCACAAGUUCAUCAUGCAGGUCAAUGUUCAUCCGGUCAGAGUUGCUAUGAGCUUACAACGGUGUACUGGACUCUUAGAUCACUUGCCAAAGGUUCAAAAAGUCCUCGAGUCAAUGCGACAUCGAGAAAUGACCCGCGGAACAGACACCAAUGAAAUAAUGGCAUUUAAAUACCACUACCUGAGCUGCAUCGUGAGCGAGCUAAUAAAAUGUCAGAAGCGACUGGAGGCCAGGAAGGCUGAGAAAAUAAAUGAAAAGCCGGCAGAUGAAGAGAAAGGAAAGACAGACCCAGUUGAGUUCUUCAUUCGCUUGCUGCUAAAGUGCAGCAGAAGCGACGGUCUUCCGGAGUACCAAGAGGCUCUGCUUCGGGAAAUAGUCCGGGAAUUUCCGUUCCGCGAGAGCAUGAUUUUCCGGCAGAUGGUCGCGACUCUCGCGGGAACCGACCCGCCAUCCGCAGUCUCUGUUAUUUCCGCGGCUAUCAAUGGUCAGCGUGGAUUCGCCGACAACCAGGUCAUCUGCAUGACUUGUGGAGAAGAAAAGGCCACCAAGAAGUGCAGCAAGUGCAAGGCGGUCCAGUACUGCGAUCGAGAGUGCCAGAGGCUUCACUGGUUUCUUCACAAAAAAGAAUGCGCACGUGUCAGUCCUUCUUGCAUCACUGCCAACCCCAAAGUCACUGAUACUGACAAAGUUGACAUUGCUAAUGCUGUCAAAAAUGAAAUCGGCAAUCUAACUAUUCAAUAA